UUUAGACGUAAUAAAAUCCCAGAUAUGAGCGUUUUUCUCCCCGCUGGCGUCACUGCGGCGUCAGAGCCGGCGCUCAACGCGGGAAAUUUCGCUUCGUCUGAGCGAAUUUGAUCACCUUAACACCUUUAAACGGCCGCCGGGGUGGAGAUCAAUCCGAUAUGGAUCGAUAUUUGCUUGUGGUUGUGGUUAAUCCGCUGCCGAAGAAGGAGGGCUCCUCCGGCGGGUUUGAGACGGCCAGGAGGUUGUACGCCAGGCUUGAAGAGAUUUCCAGCUCCGGCUGUUCGUCGCAGGUGUCGCCCUUUCCUGCCUGCUCUCUCAGCGGAAGUCCAGCCGUGCCGAAGUGCUGCUUCGCUAUUCAAGCCUCGUAUGGCUCAGCGCAGUUCUGCAGUGUAGAGUGGGAGGAGGUGUGUGUCCAGCGCGGUGACAGUGAGGAGACGGUGUCCUCUGCAGUGGACGGCUGUAUCAGCGCUGUACAGGAGCAGGAGGAGCAGAACCUGCAGGCCGAGACCAGCACACUAACAGAGAUGUUUGAAGAAGCAGCUGAGGCUCUUCAUCAGUUGGCAGAUAAACUCCCUCCUCCAGGGAGGGUUCUGCUGGACGUGAUGGUGCUGUGUGCGGAGGAGGCGGGGCUAAAGGAGUUCCUGCCUGUGAUUGGCUCUCUGAAGCACAUGCAGGCGUGGCACUCUGCACACGUGAACAUAGUGACCGAGCACAGUGCGGGGUGGAGCACAGCCGCCUCGUAUCUCUCGGCUCGAGUGUGUUCUCCGGCUGCGGUUCUAGACUGUGUUGAUGAGCGAGAGCUGUGGAGAGGAGCGCUGCUGAUCAGAGAGAGGAAGUUUGUUUCUGAGCUGCUGUUUGAAGGUUUUAGCCUGAAGGUCCAAAGCAGGUCCAGCUGGAGACGCAUGCUUCACCCACACUGCAGCGCUGACCAUAAACUCCACGCUGAGGUGUUUCAGUAUUAUCAGCCGGUGCUGGAGCUCCUUCAGCUGGUGAAGAUCACAGAUUUCCCGCUGCUCCUCCAGUCCAGCACCGAGUUUGAGCUCUCAUUGUGCAGCAGAUCCACCAAAGCCAGGCUGCUUUUAGACCAGCUACGAACUCUGCGUGGAGAGGUUGCAGCUCUGCUGUCUCUGUCCUGUGUGAUCAGCGCUGAAGCUUUCCCCCCAGCCUCUCAGCUCAGCGCCUCCAAAUGGAGACACUUCAUGGCCAAACGUCCCAAAGUCUUAUCCGCCCCUGAUGUAGAGGUGAAAGGAGAGAAAGGACGUUAUCUCCUGUUAGUCCAGGGGGCGGAGUCUGGGGGCUGCAGAGCUCGCCUAAUACACUCAGCCAAUCAGAUCAAUGGAGCUGUUGCUAUGGCAACACUCAACAGCCUCAUCCGGGAACAAGAUCUGUCUUCUUCAGGGUCCGCGCGCACCUCGGACUGGCUGCGAUCCCUGCCCUGUCUCCGUGGAGACCAGCUCCUGCGCCAGGAGAGGAGUCUGGACAGGGUGCAGGCCCAGGUCCUGCAGGAAUGCGUCCGGAGAAGACAGCAGGCCCAGAAACCUGCAGCAGUGCCUCUGAAUGACCUGAAGGUUCUGCUAAACCUGGCCAGAGAACAGUACCUGAACAUGCAGAACUCCACGCUGCCCAGAGCUUCCGAGCGCGAUUCCACCAAGAAGGACAACCACACUUCUGCUACCCGGACAGACGUUCAGCCUGUGAUCCACUCAGAAUGGCCUGAGAGGAGCGUCCUGAGGAACCAUGAGAACAUGCAGAAGGUUCGGCACAGGUCGAGGUCCAGCCUGUUCACCACUGGCUCCUCGGAGUGUCUGAUGGGUCCUAAAGAUGGUCAGAAGAGCAGCAGUGCACAGUUGGACGCGAGAGAGCUCCUCAAACACUUCACUCCCGAUGGUCUGCCUGCAGGAGAGCUGCAGCCCCUGCCUGUGAUCAGAGGCGGGAACACGUUCCAGCUGUCUUCAGAGCUCACUCCCCGAAAAGUGGCCAAACUCCCGUUCACACAGGCGGCCAGCAGCCACUACCACGGCAUCGAGUUUUGUCUGGACGAGCGGAAGGCUCUGGAGAGGGAUCGGGGUUUUGUCCGGCUGCAGUCGCGACUGAUCCGCUUCGAGACCCAGACGACGUGCUGUAAGGAGCCGUGCCCGCUGCCACUGGCACUGAGUCCGGCUUCCACGCCCUCGCCCGCCGCGCCCUCUGAGGACGGAGAGAGUCUGCAGAGCGAUCCACCACAACUAAAACGCCGGUCACGAGAACCAGACACACACACCCACCAGCACAAGAGGUUGGUGAAGUCUGAGAGCAGCGAGUCUGUGGGUUCUCAGUGCAGUGUGGGCAGCAUUCCUCACCCUGCCGUGAAGGCUCUACGGCAGCAGGCUGGACGCUCACUGUCCACCUCCAGUCCAGCUACGCGUACACACAGCCGGACGCACGCCACUCAGAAGCACAGCCAGGCCGAGCCCCGUCCACAGACUGAAACCUGCCCGCAGACGGAGUCCCGUUCACAGAAACACAACCGGAUGUUGAAGGAGGUGGUUUUGAAGACACUGAAGCAUCACGGGAUCUCCAGUGAGCAUGAGUGUUUCGAGGCUUGCAGCCGGAGGCUGUUCGACGUCUCCAAGCUGUAUCUGAAGGAUCUGAAAACCUCUCGAGGUCUGCACGAGGAAAUGAAAAAAGCAGCGGGCAGGAACGCUAAACAGGUGAUCGACUGGGUCGUGGAGAGAAACUCUAAGACGUGACUGUAAGAACACAGAGAAGAUCUGAGGAGGGUUUAAUCCUGAGUGCUCCUCUUCAGUAACACCACCAGAGGAGGCGCCGUUAUUAACGUCCACGUUUGUUCUGUGUGUUUAUCUUUAUAUGUUGUGAUAUGCUGACUUUUGAUAUCGGCUUGCAUUAAAGUUUUUUUUUUAAAUA